ACACAGGUGUUGCGGGUAAGAAGCAAACAGUUUUUGACCGUGUGGUAAUGGCUGUGAAAGGAAUGUUUGAUUUGUUUUGUCUAUGUUUUGGGCGAAAUAGACUUAUCACAGAGAAAGUGGCUCUGCUCUUUUUAUUGUGGAAACCCUGCCGAUUGAAAGCAAUAAACCGCCUUUGUUUUGGAAACUGGACACUUCGUGGUGGCUUCUAUUGAUUGGCAACGGGGUCACUAGGAAGAGUUAGUUUCUGGAUUAUCUCUUUUAAUUAGCCACCUUCCUUCGUCCACCAGCAGGUGGCGCCAGACCUCUAGAGUGCGUGGUCCACAUGUCAGGACAAGGGGGGUGUGUGGUAGGAGAGUGAGAGGGGGGUGACGCCUCAUUCUGUAGUUUAUAUUUAAGCCACUUUUCUGCUCCUCUGUGUCCUGACGCCAUGAGGUUGGAUGGUACAUGGAGAGAGGAGCAGCGGAGAGAGGACGAUCCGGCGACUGAGUGUCCUCAUCCGCGUCCGCAGCUCAGAUCCACUCCUACAGGAUCCAUUGUCGUCUGCAAACGUGUACAACAGAGUCGCCCGAAAUGGUCCUUUCCUCGUUACACUCCUUGAGGCUGAAGUAUGUGUCUCUGGGGGUCCUGGUGUUGCAGACCACGUCGCUGGUGCUCACCAUGCGCCACUCCCGCACCCUGAAGGAAGAUGGCCCCCGCUACCUGGCCUCCUCCGCUGUGGUGUUGGCCGAGGUGCUCAAGGUCCUCACCUGCACCCUGUUUGUCUUCAAGGAUUGCAGUUUCAAUGUGCAGUCUAUGAACCAGCUGCUGAAGGAGGAGAUUGUGAACAAGCCCAUGGAGACCAUGAAGUUGGCCAUUCCUGCAGGAAUCUACACGCUGCAGAACAAUCUGCUCUAUGUUGCCUUAUCCAACCUGGACGGAGCCACCUAUCAGGUGACGUACCAGUUGAAGAUCCUCACCACGGCACUGUUCUGUGUCUCCAUGCUGGGGAGGAGUUUGGGCCUCCACCAGUGGCUCUCGCUGCUCCUACUCAUGGCUGGCAUUGUUCUAGUGCAGUGGCCCACAGAGUCUGGAGGUGACCCGGAGCAGAAGAUCCUGACGGCAGGAUCCCAGUUUGUGGGACUGAUGGCCGUGCUGGCGGCCUGUGUGUCCAGUGGCUUUGCUGGAGUUUACUUUGAAAAAAUCCUCAAGGAGACUAAACAGAGCGUGUGGCUCCGUAACAUACAGCUGGGUUUGUUCAGCUUUGUGUUUGGGCUCAUAGGAAUGAUGAUAUACGACGGCCAGAGGGUGAGACAGUCAGGAAUAUUUCAGGGCUACAACUCGAUAACCUGCACCGUCGUCGUCUUACAGGCUCUGGGCGGGCUGGUCGUAGCUGUGGUCAUUAAAUAUGCAGACAACAUCCUCAAAGGAUUCGCCACAUCUCUGUCCAUCAUCGUGUCCGCUCUCAUUUCAUAUUUCCUGUUGACGGACUUCAAUCCCACUGGACUCUUUUUCUUGGGGACCAUGUUGGUUAUGGCCUCCACCAUUCUUUACAGCUACAAGUGCAAACCUGCCUGUGUUAGCAUCAUCAAGAUAGAGACCUGAAUGAACUGUGCCACCUGAAAGAAAAUCACCACCAAGCAUAGAAGGAGUGGAACUCUAUGACAUGUGACAUCCAAGAGUAUUUGGAAAUGAAGGAUGCGGUAAAAACAUGGAGGUGAUCAAACCUGUUACUUCCCAACAACUACAACUGGAGACUGUUGCGAAUAGAUGGGCCCCAUCACACCUCUUAGUCAAUGAUGUCAAAUACAUUUGCUUUGUAGAUGUAUUUUUCUGAUUUCAGAAAACAUGUUAUCCAUGCAGGGUGAAGGGACCAGCAGGAAAAAACUGAUGAAACCUUGGCCACAUGAAUGUUUGGGAAUGUUUUAGUGAAAUAUUUCAGUUGCAUAAUGUGAGUUAAAUGAUCAUGUAUUUACAAAAGGGGAAGGGUGUUGAUGAUGCAGCCAUGAAAAAGGGACAAAUCUUGACAGAGCUUCCAUCUAGUGGUGGAGUGAAGCGCAAACUUGCUGCAAAGAGGAGGGGUUACCUCUGUUCAAAGAUGCUGAAUGUCCUUUUUUAUAUGAGAUGAGAUGAGAUGGGAUAUGACUGCUUUGACCUUGCUGCUCACAGCCUGUGUAUUUAUAUCAAACGCACUCCUUAUUUAAAUGCAAAAAUAAAAGUCUUUAUGCAAGAACAACUGCAUAAA